UAAAUUAGUGUGAGUUGAAGAGUUUUAUUUGGAGAGUUUUAUAGUGAGAGAAGAAAAACUAGAGAUAGAGAGAGAGAGAAAGAGAAGUUAAUUAAAAUGGUUCGAACACCAUGUUGUGACCAGAAUGGAAUGAAGAAGGGUACAUGGACACCUGAAGAGGAUAGGAAACUUGUGGCUUAUGUCACUAGGUAUGGUUGCUGGAACUGGCGCCAACUUCCCAAGUUUGCAGGUCUGAAAAGAUGUGGGAAGAGUUGCCGGUUGCGUUGGAUGAAUUAUCUGAGGCCAAAUGUAAAGAGAGGAAACUAUACACAUGAAGAAGAGGAAACCAUUACCAGGCUACAUGCCUCUCUUGGGAACAAAUGGUCUGCAAUAGCUGCCGAAUUACCCGGAAGAACUGACAAUGAGGUUAAGAACUAUUGGCAUACUAAUCUGAAGAAGCGCCAAAAGCAAAACUCUUCAUCGGUCGAAAUAAGUCAAUUAGAGAAAUCAUCAUCAAAUAGCACAGCCAGUAUAAUUACUACAGAUAAUUGUUUGAGUCCUAAUAAUGUGGAUGAUUAUUAUAGUUCCGAAAUCCAAGAAGUGUUAAUGGAGCCAAAUAACAACAACAAUAAUAAUAGCAAUGAGGCGAUGAAGAUGAUUAUGAGUAGUAAUAGUACUAGUAGAAGUAGUCAGUUGGAAACAGUUGUCAAUAAAAACAAUAUUAAUAACGUACACUCGCCAUUGUCACCUCAACCGUCCUCAUCGGGCAGUGAAAUCUCAACUACGACAACCGACACUAGUACUAGUACAAGCAGAGCUAGUACUGAUAAUAAUAAUAAUAAUGCCACUACUGAAACCACCACAAAUUAUAGUACUAAUUACUUCGUUGGGGACUUAUCUUAUAAUUUUAAUGACCUCUUUGAAGAUGAUCAAGCCUUUCAACACGAGUUGUUCAGUGAUAGCUUUUGGACGGAGCCAUUUUUGGCUGACCAUAAUUCUUACAUCCCAACUACUACUACUCAUGAUCAUGAUUAUCUUAUUACUAAUGCUAAUUCCUUAAUGGAUAGCGAUGAUCUUUUGUCUCCUACCUUGGAUAACAUCCUCUUGUUUACCUCUAAUUCUAGUACUAGUACAGCUGGUUAUUUUUACGAAGAAAAUCUAGUAGGAUUAUUGUGAUUUUUUACGAAUAUUGUUUAUAUAAAUAUGAUUAUGUAUCCAUGCAUCUUUUGUAAGAUAUAUGCAUAGAAACUUAGCUAAAUUAAUAUAAUACAGGAUUUAAUUAGUUACUUAGCA